AUGAUGCAGGCCAAGGCUGCCUCAACGCCACUCCCCUCUGGCAUCAAAUUAAGCUCGGAUGCAGGUGCUCUACUUCGUAAUCCUGAUUCCUUCAGGCGUCUUGUGGGCAGGUUGCUUUAUUUAAGUUUCACCAGACCGGAUAUUUCCCACGCCGUUCAACAGUUGAGCCAAUACUUGAACCAUCCCUGUGACGCACACUGGAAUGCUGCUCUCCAUGUCGUCAAAUAUCUCAAAGGAUGCCCCUCACUUGGGUUGUUUCUCCCUGCUGAUAAUUCUCUGGUUUUGCAGGGGUAUUGUGAUGCCGACUGGGCAUCAUGCUCGGAUUCUAGGCGAUCCUUAACCGGUUUUUGUCUCUUCCUUGGACCUGCUCUCAUUUCCUGGAAAACAAAGAAACAAUCAACUGUUUCUAGGUCUACCGCGGAGGCGGAGUAUCGCAGCCUCGCAGCUACGGUUUGUGAACUCCGUUGGAUAUCUUACUUGCUCGCAGAUAUUGGCGUACAUGUUUCUUUGCCUAUCUCUUUGUUUUGCGAUAACAAGGCUGCGUUACACAUUCUUGCUAAUCCGGUUUUUCACGAGCGCACUGAACACAUCGAGAUUGACUGUCAUCUUGUUCGCAAUGCUUAUAAGGAGGGGUUCAUUGAUCCUGUCUUAGUUCGCAGUUUUGCUCAACUCGCAGAUGUUUUUACCAAGGCGCUUCCACUGAAGGUGUUUGGCUCUUUUUUAUCCAAGUUGGGCUUGGUGUCUUUUGCCCCCAGUCCCACUUGUGGGGGGGCUGUUGGAUCUUCUUCCAUUGAUGGAGUUCAUGACUACAUUACCACCAUAGAUGAUCAUCAAAGUGCUGCGGUAGAUGCAGGUGCUGGAGCUACAGCUGAUAUGUUGGACAGAGGAUAA